AUGGAACGCUCUCGUGGUGGUUAUCGUGGCCGAUAUCGUGAUCGACAUAAUAAUCAUGAUUUAAACGCUCGAAAUCAUUAUGACGAACGAUUAUUGCACAAAAAUUAUCGUCAACAUUCUUCACAUGAUAAUGAUUACGAAGGCAAUUACGAUUUGAAAAAUCCAUCGAAUAAUAGUUAUAACUAUCGCUCAACACGUACAUCCUUAAAUUCUCGACCUGUUUCAUCACGCAAUAGCCCAUCCAGUCAUUAUCGUCAUCAUCGUACACACGAUUAUUCAAUAUCAUCACAUCCGGCUCGUUCAUCAUCACCACCUUCUCCCUUUUCUCGAAUAACCAAUACUCAAUCAAAUUACCAUGAUAAACGGUCGCCAUCUUCCUCGCACUACAGUCGAUUAUCGAAUCAGUGGAAUGCACAUUCAUCAAUGUUUGAUGAACAAUCAGCAUAUUCCAAUGACCCAUCAUCAACAGCACUUUGUUACCGUCAAAGUCACUCUCCAUCAAUUAUGUCUUCCUAUCGGAACGAUGAUCGAUCAUUAGAUCACAGGCCUCGAGAUUCGAGUCAUGAAAUUUACAGACAUAAUCACCGCCGAUCUCCACCACCUCGUUCAUUACCUCCUCCGUUUGUUGUGCGUUCUGAUUCCUAUGCUGACAUUCAUCGAAAUAAUACACAUUUCGAACGGUAUGACAUGCCACCAAAUCGAUACUACGUCUCCUCGCGUGACAGUGUAACUUCAUCAUCUUUAUCUCGUCAUAAUCUAUAUCGAAGUUCAUCUAAUAUGUCUAUGUCUUCAUCUUCUCCGCAUACUCUUCGUGAGCAAUAUUCACCGGAUAUGAAUUACCGUUUCGGAACGGAUUUGAAAGAUUACGAACAUUCAUCAUCCAUGGAUCAUCAAGAUAGUCUCGUAAGAGACUAUUAUCCAUCGAAUCGUGCGCGUCCGAAUUUAAAACGUCCAAAUUCCAAUUACGAUGAUUAUGAACUCAUUCCAUCCAAACGAUCAACGAGACAAUAA